GUGGAAUGAUGUUGCACUCGGAUGAAUAGUUGCUCGGAAAAAUCCUUUUUAUCUCGUUAAAUCACUUCACGAAAAUUCGUUUAACCAUCCUGUGCGGUUUAUCCAACCAUUUCAUCCAGCUAUUUCGAUGUUGUUGCAUCAAAAAGUAUUUAGCGCGCGCGAAAUCAAAUUCAAUUUUUCAGACUUGUUCAGUUGCAAUUCAACGGUUGAUUUGUGUAGUAGGAUUUUAACCAAAAAAAGGAUUACACCAACGAUAAAGGAUCAGCUUGUUAUGUGCGUGCAUUGGAGAAGUGCAUGUGGGGGAGAUUUAUUUAUUUAAAUUGUAUAAAAGGAGUCGAGUGCGUUUUAUUGAAAAUACUUUUCAGUUAAUUCGGAAUAUUGUAUUGGGAAGGAGUAGUUGGUGCCUUGAUGUGGAUCGAAUGUGAGUGAACAGCAACUGGUAGUGAAAAGGUUUCAAGUGUGCAAAAUGCAGGAUAGUACGAAGUCAUUUUUAAUUCGUGAUUUGCUUGGUGACCUAAUCAAUCGACAACAGGAUCAUGAAGAUUCCGAUUUAUCUGACAACAAUACUGAAAUCGACAUUGAAGACCGCUCAUCGCCUGACUCAAGUAUAAUAAGUUACCAUUCACAGAUCCAAUAUGGAUCGAAUCAUCACGGAUCUUUCACAAAUGUGCAAUCAUCCAACCCUAAUUUGCUUUCGCCUAAUGACCAAUCCAAUGUUGGGCAUCAACAAUCAGAUUCAUCGAAAAAUGCCUUAGGAAAAACAGGACGAAAACCAAGGCGAAGACGAACUGCUUUCACCCAUGCCCAAUUAGCUUAUUUAGAACGGAAAUUUCGCUGCCAAAAGUAUCUUUCGGUUGCAGAUCGAAGUGAUGUUGCAGAUACUUUGAAUUUAUCAGAAACGCAAGUUAAAACGUGGUAUCAGAAUCGAAGAACAAAAUGGAAGCGCCAGAAUCAAUUACGGUUGGAACAAUUGCGUCAUCAAGCCUCCAUUGAAAAGGAAUUGAUUUCUAGUGAACAUUCUGCAGCACAAGCAGCAAUGGCGUGUUGCCCUACGACGUUAUCCUCAUUUUCACCGAAUCCUUGUUCAUUCUUAACCUCGGCAGCCGCAGCAGCUAUCUUCAGGAAUGUCAGCUACGUUCAUGGAUGCCCACUUUAGACUUUAUAGGAUUUCCAUAGAUUUUAAGAGUUACAAUCUCAUUUCGUUUAGAUCUGUAAAUAUAGACAUAAUUUGUGUGCAAUAUAUUAUAAAUAUUUAGUAGAGAUACAUGAAGUUGAA